AUGGAUGUUAAACUGAUUGAUGUCCAUGUAGAUGUUUAUAAACAACUUACAAAUGAACAUGAGUUUGUUGUUCGUGAGCAUAUGCUAAAAUGGAUAUGCACGGAGGCUGCCAAAUUGGGGUUUGGUGUUGUAACCGGGAGGUCGGGUAAUGGUCCUGAUAGAAGACAAACAUUUGUGACAUUGAUAUGCGAAAGAAGUGGCGAAUACACAAACCUUAUCCAAAAGUUGAAACAGAAUUACACCGGUUCUAAUAGAUGUGAGUGUCCUUUUAAGUUGUGCGGGUACUUUAUGGCAAAUAAUACAUGGACAUUUAAUGUGAUUUGCGGUAGACAUAAUUAUGACAUGUGUUACAAGCUAGAUGAUCAUCUCAUUGUAUAUUGUCUUAAUCUUGAAGAGAAUGAACUUGUUUCUAACAUGAAAAUAAACAUGGUGCAGUCCAAAAAUAUAUUUGCAACUUUGAAACGGAGAAUACCUUAA